AUGCAUCUCGAUAUCCCGCUGUUGCUCCGGGCAAUCGACGACACGCAGGAGCUUGCCUCCAUAGUUCUCUUGAAGGUGGGUAUCCAGGCAAUCGUCCGACAAGUUGACCACUCUGUCGCAGAGCACCUCCACGCCCCUCUCUCCGUCGUCGGUAUCCCGGAACAGCAGCUGGACGGAAGCGUUCAGGCGGAGCUCCCGACAAAUGCGUAG